AUGCAAUUUGGAUUUAGAGAACUUCACUCAAUCAUCCAUCAACUACACCGACUAGCCGAUACUAUUGCUUAUUCUCUGGAAAAGAAACUUUACACUUCUGCAGUAUUUCUUGAUGUUCCACAGGCCUUAGACAAGGUCUGUCAUCCCGGUCUCCUUUUUAAACCAAAAUCGUUCCUACCCCCCUCAUAUUACCUCUUUUUUAAAUCAUACCCCAACUUCUCCACUUCUCCACUUCUUUGUCAGGUCAGGAACUAAAUACUCCAGCAUAUCUCCAAUAUUAACCGGCAUUCCUCAAGGCACAGUCGCAUCUCCAACUCUUUUUAAUCUAUACUCUGCAGACCAACCCACCAAUCCGAAUAUUGCACAUCCGACGACAAAGUAAUAUAUGCCACCCACACCGAUCCUGACAUAGUUUCAUCUACUCUCCAAAGCCAUCUAAAUGACCUAUCACACUGGUACUCCCUCUGGCGCGUCAAAAUUAAUGAAAACAAAUUGGUACAUACCACCUUUGCUCUCUGUCACAGACAACCUCCUCCGGUACAUAUAAAUAGCAAACCAAUACCAAACUUCGACACAGCCAAAUAUCUAGGUCUAACCUUUGACAAACGUCUAACGUGGGCUAAACAGAUUCACACAACAAAAUUAAAAUUAAACCAACGACUUUACUCUCUAUCUAUUCUCGGUAAAUUCUCAAAAUUAUCCCUUAAAACCAAAAUUCACAUCUAUAAUCUUCUUCUUAAGCCUAUCUGGAUUUACGGUAUCCAACUGUAGGCCACGGCAAAAAUAUCAAAUACACAAAAAAUACAAGUGUUCCAAUCAAAAAUCCUACGACUUAUAGCCAGUGCUCAUACAGAUCUUCACAUUCCUAAAGUGGCCAAACUAUACUACUCAAAAUUUAGGAAUCGCCUUCAAAAUCACCCUAAUCCCCAUAUUAAAAAGCCCAAAAAUCUCCCAGAAGACUCAAAGGACAAUUUCCCCGCGACCUUAUGA